AUGUUGCUCGCUCACGCCGCUACCUUCACACUCAUUGCAUCGACUUUAGCUCAACACUUACCUCUUCCCCGGGACCAAUCAGUCUCCGCUGCUGCAAAUGUGUCAGACUACGCUUCCUGUGCUGCCGCGUCCUGGCCGGCAUCGGCUCUCGGCACGGAGAUAAUACCGCAGGCUCCGGAUGACGAGUUGCGGACUAUGCUCGAUGAAGUGGACCCGGCAAACAUUGAGGCCACGAUCUUGAAGCUGGUUUCCUUCGGCACGCGGCACACCCUUUCUACCCAAAACUCAACCGACCGCGGAAUUGGCGCUGCAAGGGAUUGGAUUGCCUCGGAGAUGCGAAAGUAUGCUGCGACGUCUGAAGGAAGGAUGACAGUGGAAGUCCCCAGCUACGUUCAGCCCGUGGCAAAUCGCAUACCUUUUCCAGUGAGGAUCAGCAAUGUCGUGGCGCGCAUUGAGGGUUCGUCUGAUCCCUCUCGAGUCUAUGUCAUUUCCGGACACUACGACUCGAGAGUGACGGACGUCUUGAACUACGAAUCGGAUGCUCCCGGAGCAAACGAUGAUGCGUCAGGGGUAGCAGUGGUCAUGGAACUCGCUCGCGUCCUAGCGACCCGUCAGCCGAGGGCUACAAUACUCUUCAGUGCAGUUGCAGGAGAAGAGCAAGGCCUUUACGGUGCCAGCUUCCUCGCCCAGUCACUAAGAAACGCCAGCGUCAACGUGGAGGGGAUGCUGAACAACGACAUUGUCGGUAGUUCUACUGGAGACCGAGGCCAGAAAGACCCGUUCACCAUUCGCCUGUUCGCUCAAGGGCCACCUCCAUCGGAGAGUGAUGGCGUCGCGUCCACGCGGCUCAGCAUUGGCGGGGAGAAUGACUCUCCUGCUCGAGAGCUUGGCCGGUUCGUGUCCGAGGUUUCAUCGAAUGAUGGCACCGGGAUGAGAGUUGCCUUGGUGUACCGGCUCGACCGCUAUCUCCGAGGCGGAGAUCAGACGCCGUUUCUGCAGCAAGGCUACCCAGCUGUGCGCUUCACAGAACCCAACGAGAACUUCGAUCAUCAACACCAGGAUAUCCGCAUCGAGAAUGGCACGCAGUUUGGAGACCUUCCGGAGUUUGUUGACUACGACUUUGCGUCGCGUGUAGGCAAAGUAAACCUUGCCGCGUUGUGGUCUUUGUCGCAGGCACCGGGUAUGCCGCGGAAUGUAACGGUGGAUACGUCGACGUUGGGCAAUGAGAGCCAGUUCUCGUGGGAGCAGGUCGACGAUUCGGAGCUGGCAGGCUAUGAGGUGGUCUACAGGUCAACAGCAGCUCCUCUCUGGACUCAUGCGUACGGUGUUGGAAAUAGUGGCGCAGCGACACUGGACUUGAGCAAGGACAAUGUGAUAUUCGGGAUCAGGUCGGUUGGGAAGAACGGAUACAGGAGCCCGGCUGUGUUCCCAUUUCCUGGUUGA